GAGUGAAGCGAGGCUCUUGUUGUUUACAGCGUUGACUCGACUGAUCAGCAGAGACAGACAUCGAGGCAGGAUUUAACACGGGCACAAGCUGGUGUUGCAGAGACCCAUGCAAGACAUGUAAAGCGCUCAUUCUACUAGAAUAUCUCGGAUUUUCUCCACAAUUGCAGCUUUUUACUGAAACUGUCGGAUUUACUAGUACAUACAUACACCAUUCUGGAACACGUUCCCAGGAAAAACAAGGGAACUGUUAGGCGAAGGAGACCGACCGGGCAAAGCCAGCCAGCGAGCGAGAAGGGGAUGCAGCUGACGAACCAUUUUCGUGCUGCUGCUGCUAGUGGCGCAUAUUUUGGAAAAAGCACCACUGCUGCUAGAAACCGAGGCUAAGCGAAGAAAGAGAGUUUGCAUGUUUUCAUUCAUUUUAGAAAUUCCAGUUUUCAUUCAAUACGCGCCGAGUCUGCAUUCGGAUUUCAAGUGUUUGUUUGUAGUUGUUGUUGUUUUUUUACACAUUUGCAGAAUUCCGUUUUUUACGCACCGGGAGAUACCCGCUGGGGUUUGGUUUUGUUUGUAAUAUAUGGUGUGUGUUUCCCCCCUGCGCUCUCCCAAAUGGAGGUCGAAGACAGACACUGUUACCAGCGGGACGGUUGCGGCACUUCGUGUUCUGAGCGAGACUUCACAACGUCUUCAUAUAAUUGGCAAGCCUAACGAAAUAUUUCCGUUUUUUUUUUUUUUUCAUCAUUUAUUUAUUUAUUUAUUUUUUUGAGGGGAACACUUAUUGAAACAUUAAACAGUCGAGUACGAGGAAGCAACGCUCUCUGUCUCGAUUAAGUUUUUGUUUUUCCUGUUAAACAAACCGAUGAAUAUUUCUUUUUUUUUUUUGUUUGUUUUUUUGUUUACCUCGAAGGAAUACGUUUGUGGGGGGGUUUCUUGGGGUGGGGAGGAGGACAGUAACAUUUGUUUUCAUUCAGAUAAUUUUUGGAUUAAUAAGAGGAAUGACUUCUGGAUCCGGACGUGAGCCCUUGACCUUAUUUUGGGGUCUUUUGCUGUCAGUCUGUGUGAUGUGUCUGUGGCCCGCUAAUGGAGAAAUCUGUGGCCCGAGCAUUGACAUCCGGAACGACAUCCAUGAGCUGAAGCGCCUGGAGAACUGCACGGUGAUCGAGGGCUACCUGCAGAUCCUGCUCAUCUCCACGGCCAAGGCUGAGGACUUCCGGGGGCUGCGCUUCCCCAAGCUGACCCUCAUCACUGACUACCUGCUGCUGUUCCGCGUCUCGGGGCUGGAGAGCCUGCGGGACCUCUUCCCCAACCUGACCGUGAUCCGCGGCCGCAUCCUCUUCUACAACUAUGCCCUGGUCAUCUUCGAGAUGACCAACCUGAAGGACAUCGGCCUCUACAACCUGCGCAACAUCACCCGGGGCGCCAUCCGCAUCGAGAAGAACCCCGACCUGUGCUACCUGGAUACAGUGGACUGGUCCCUCAUCCUGGAUGCCGACUACAACAACUACAUCUCCGGGAACAAGCAGAGCAAGGAGUGUGGGGACGUGUGCCCCGGCAUCAUGGAGGACAACCCGCUGUGCACCAAGACCAACUUCAACAACAACUACAACUACCGCUGCUGGACCUCCAACCACUGCCAGAAAGUUUGCCCGGAGGAGUGUGAGAAGCGGGCAUGCAUGGACUCCAAGUGCUGUCACCCGGAGUGCCUGGGGAGCUGCACGGUGCCAGGCAACGACACGGCGUGCAUGGCUUGCCUCCACUACUACCACGAGGGCCACUGCGUGCCCAACUGCCCCCCUGACACGUACAAGUUCGAGGGCUGGCGUUGCGUCAGCAAGGAGUUCUGCGCCAAGGUGCCCGGCGCUGACCCCAGCGAAUUUGAGAAGUUCGUCAUCCACAACGGGGAGUGCGUGCAGGAGUGUCCCUCUGGGCUGAUGCGCAACGAGAGUCAGAGCAUGUUCUGCAGCCCCUGUGACGGGCCCUGCCACAAGAUCUGCGACUCCAGCGUCAUCGACUCCGUGGACACGGCCCAGUCCCUCAAGGGCUGCACUGUCAUCGGGGGGAACCUGGUUAUCAACAUCCGCCGUGGCAAUAACAUUGCUUCGGAGCUGGAGAGCUUCAUGGGGCUGAUCGAGACGGUGACAGGCUUCGUGAAAAUCCGCCACUCUCACGGACUGACCUCGCUGUCCUUUCUGAAGAGCCUGCGGUACAUCAACGGGGAGCAGCGGCUGGAAGGGAACUACUCCUUCUAUGUGCUGGAUAACCAGAACCUGCAGCAGCUGUGGGACUGGGGCCGGCACAACCUGACCAUCAGAGAAGGGAAGAUGUACUUCGCCUUCAACCCCAAGCUGUGCCUGUCCGAGAUCUACAAGAUGGAGGAGGUGUCGGGGACCAGGGGGCGGCAGGGCAAGGGGGACCUGAACCCCCGAAACAAUGGAGAGAGAGCCUCCUGUGGGAGCUACAUCCUCAAGUUCAAGUCUAACAGCACCAUGAAGAACAAGAUCAAGCUGACCUGGGAGAGGUACCGCCCCCCAGACUACAGAGACCUCAUCAGCUUCAUAGUCUACUACAAGGAGGCGCCGGUCCAGAACAUCAAGGAGUACGACGGGCAGGACGGCUGCGGCUCCAACAGCUGGAACAUGGUGGACGUGGAUCUGCCCCAGGAAAAGGACAAGGACCCCGGUAUCCUGCUGGCCGGCCUCAAGCCCUGGACCCAGUAUGCCAUCUUCGUCAAGGCCAUCACCCUGACCACCACGGAGGAAGGGCACGUCCACGGAGCCAAGAGCGAGGUGGUCUACAUCCGCACCAGCCCCUCCGUGCCUUCGGUCCCAGCGGAUGUGCGCUCAUAUUCCAACUCUUCAUCGAAGCUCCUGGUGAAGUGGUCGACCCCCACCCACCCCAACGGAAACUUCACCUACUACCUACUCCGCUGGCAGCAGCAGCCCGAGGACAAGGAGUUGUACCUGCACAACUACUGCUCCAAAGAACUGAAGAUCCCCAUCCGGAUUCCGGCGACGGGGGCCAUCGACCCCGACGAGGACACGAACCCGGCGAAGACGGAGCUGGGAGGGGGGGAAAAGGGCCCAUGCUGCCCCUGUCCCAAGACCGAGGCCGAGAUCAAGGCAGAGGCUGAGGAUGCCUCCUACCGCAAAGUCUUCGAGAACUUCCUGCACAACUCCAUCUUCGUGCCCCGGCCCUUGGACCGCAGGCGGAGGGAGGUGUUUGCCAUGGCCAAUGCCAGCUUCCCGAGGGGCAGCAGCAACAUCACGGGGCAGGAUCUGGGUGCCAACGUCACAGGAUCGGAGAAGGCGGAGCGCGAGUACCCCUUCCAUGACACCACAGUGAAUGGCAAGGAGUGGACGGAGAUCUCACACCUGCAGCACUUCACCGUAUACCGCAUCGACAUCCACGCCUGCAACCACGAGGUUGGGCAGGGCUGCAGCGCGGCGAACUUCGUCUUCGCACGCACCAAGCCAGCAGAAAAAGUGGAUGACAUUCCGGGACCAGUGACAUGGGAGAAGCUGGAGGACAGCAGCAUCCACCUGAAGUGGACGGAGCCGCUCAAUCCCAACGGACUGAUCCUGAUGUAUGAGAUUAAAUACCGGCAGAAUGCAGAGCUGGAGAAGCACGAGUGUGUGUCCCGGCAGCACUACAGGGACCACAGAGGAGCCCGGUUGACCCGCCUGGGCCCGGGGAACUACUCUGCCCGGGUCAGAGCCACAUCCCUGGCUGGGAAUGGCUCCUGGACUGAGGCUGUGCACUUCUACGUACAGGCAAAACCCCCGGAGUAUGAGAAAGCGCUGUAUCUGAUGAUUAUCAUCCCCAUUGUUGUGUUCCUGAUCAUCACGGGGCUGGUUGUCGCUCUCUACGUCGUUAAUAAGAAGAGGAACAGCGACCGGCUGGGGAACGGGGUUCUUUACGCCUCUGUCAACCCGGAGUACUUCAGUGCUGCAGAGAUGUACGUGCCGGACGAGUGGGAGGUCCUGCGGGAGAAGAUAACCAUGUGCCGUGAGCUGGGCCAGGGCUCCUUCGGCAUGGUGUACGAGGGCAUCGCCAAGGGCGUAGUGAAGGACGAGCCGGAGACGCGUGUGGCCAUCAAGACGGUCAACGAGUCGGCCAGCAUGCGGGAGCGCAUCGAGUUCCUGAACGAGGCAUCCGUCAUGAAGGAGUUCAACUGCCACCAUGUGGUUCGUCUCCUGGGAGUGGUGUCCCAAGGCCAGCCCACUCUGGUCAUCAUGGAGCUGAUGACCCGCGGAGACCUCAAGAGCUACCUGCGCUCGCUGCGCUCCGAAGCCGAGAAGAACACGGGCCAGCCCCUGCCGCCCCUGAAGAAGAUGAUCCAGAUGACGGGGGAGAUCGCUGACGGCAUGUCGUACCUCAACGCCAACAAGUUUGUGCACCGGGACCUGGCGGCCAGGAACUGCAUGGUGGCAGAGGACUUCACCGUGAAGAUCGGAGACUUCGGCAUGACGAGGGACAUCUACGAGACUGAUUAUUACCGCAAGGGAGGGAAGGGGCUGCUGCCGGUGCGCUGGAUGUCCCCUGAGUCCCUCAAGGAUGGAGUGUUCACGACGAACUCCGACGUGUGGUCGUUCGGGGUGGUGCUGUGGGAGAUCGCCACGCUGGCAGAGCAGCCGUACCAGGGCAUGUCCAAUGAGCAGGUCCUGCGCUUCGUCAUGGAGGGAGGGCUGCUGGACAAGCCAGACAACUGCCCGGACAUGCUGUUCGAGCUGAUGCGGAUGUGCUGGCAGUACAACCCCAAGAUGAGACCCUCCUUCCUGGAGAUCAUCAACGGCAUCAAGGAUGAGCUGGAGCCACCAUUCCAGGAGACCUCCUUCUACUACAGUGAGGAGAACAAGCCCCCCGACAUGGAGGAGCUGGAUCUGGACACCGAGAACAUGGAGAACAUGCCCCUGGACCCCUCCUCCAGCCUGCAGCCCUCCUCGGCCUGCCCGCCCCCGCAGCAGCAGCAGCAGCAGGCCCCCGCCUCCUCGGCCCCACAGGGAGGCCUCGCUCCCUCCUCUGUGUCCUCCUCCUCCUCAGCCCUCGUGCUCGACAAGCACCCCGGACACAAAGCGGCGGCCAACGGGCCCGUGCUGGUGCUGAGGGGCAGCUUCGACGAGGCACAGCCAUACGCUCACAUGAACGGAGGCCGCAAGAACGAGCGCGCCCUGCCACUGCCGCAGUCCUCCGCCUGCUGAUCCACCCACACACCACAACAACACGCCACACAGAGGAGGAGGAGGAGGAGGGGGGGAGGAACAGGGUUUGUUUUACUGAAAGUGGGAGAGGGCGGUGGUUAGAAACAAACAGAUCGACAAGAGCCUACUGUACUUCAGUGGAUUUUUCAUUUUUCUAUAAUUGUUGUUGUUGUUGUUGUUAUUAUUAUAUUUGGAUAGAAAUUUAAAAAACAAAAA